GGAAAUAGCCUAAUAAGAAUUCUCAUCGCAUCAGGCAGUCCAGCUGUAGUUAGGGAUAAGGUUGCAUCGGCAGUAACUCAAGACUAUAGUUCAGCCGCGCCGAGGACUAGACCCUGUUGUGGUUUAAGCCGCGACAAUUAAAACUUUUUUACUAUUAUAUAAGCGACAAGUUAGAUCUCACUUGUGUCUCUUAACUUGUCUUGCUAGUCAGAGAAGCUAGCUGACGUUUGCUAAGCAGCUCGUUAAUUAGUGAACGAGUUCCUUAAAUGUGAAUCGUAACAGCUAACGUCAGGCCAUAUUUUAAUAGGCUAUAGCCUACACGUAGCCUACACCUAAAGGAACCUUUGAAAAUUUGGAAUAGCCAUAUUACAGAUCUAUGACAACCACUGAACUGUAGCCAUAUGUAUAUGUAGUUCAUUGGUGACAGCGUCAGCGUGUAGCAAGUCGGCGCGAGCAGCGUCGACGCGAGCAGCAUCGCUGAAGCCCGAGAUGCGCAGACCGGGGCAGACACAGAGAGCUACCGGGCCGCUCACACACACCAGAGGCUGCCUCAGGCUCCGGACAGCUGCGAAACUAACCCAGACAUCUACUACAGGGGCCUGCGUAACCUGGGCGCUACCUGCUACCUGAACACCGUCCUGCAGAUGCUGUACAUGACCCGCAGCUUCAGAGAGGCGGUGGAGCGGGAGGAGUGUGAGGAUGGGCUCGUGCUCCAGUUGAAGAAGAUAUUUGCUGGUCUGAAGACAGCUGAGAGCAGCGCUAUGGGAUUUGCACAAACUCUCGGCAUCCGAAAUGUUUUUGAACAACAGGAUGCAGCAGAAUACUUUCAGAGGAUUCUGAACAGAAUCAGUCCUCACCUGUCACAGAUGUUCCAGGGCAGGCUGAGGAACAGCACAGUGUGUGUGCGGGGACAGCAUGAGCCCAGCGUGGACCUCUCUCCCUUCAUCGUCCUGCCCCUGUCCCUCCAGCUCAGCCACGACUCUCUGCAACAGCACAGCCUGGUGGACAGCUUGGAUGCCUUUUUCACAUCUUCAGUAUUAGAUGGAGACAAUCAGAUGUACUGUGACAUCUGUGAGGAGAAGACAGACACAGAAACAAGAUGCGAGAUGGAACAGUACCCCCAGGUUCUGACUCUGCACCUGAAGAGGUUUGAAUUUGAUUACAACUGGAUGUGUUAUGUGAAGAACAGCAGAAGUGUGGAGAUUCCAUUGACACUGGAGUUGGAGAAACACACAUAUGACCUCUACGCCAUCGCUGACCACCAAGGAACCUACAAAGGAGGGCACUACGUAGCACAUAUCAGAUCCUAUGAGACCCAGAGCUGGUACUGUUUUGAUGAUGCCUGGGUUGGAAAGCAUGAGCGCCAGCCUAGCUCACAGGAGGUCAUGAGGUCUGAGAAUGCAUACUUGCUUAUGUACAUGAAAAGGGACAUUCCAAACUACCAGCCAGGCCCCUCACGUGCAGUACCUGAGUCACCUGCAGUACCUGAGGCUCCUGCAGUACCUGAGUCACCUGCAGUACCUGAGGCUCCUGCAGUACCUGAGUCACCUGCAGUACCUGAGGCUCCUGUAGUACCUGAGGCUCCUGCAGUACCUGAGGCUCCUGUAGUACCUGAGGCUCCUGUAGUACCUGAGACACCUUCUGUACCUGAGGCUCCUGCAGUACCUGAGGCUCCUGCAGUACCUGAGACACCUUCUGUACCUGAGGCUCCUGCAGUACCUGAGUCACCUGCAGUACCUGAGGCUCCUGCAGUACCUGAGUUACCAACAGUACCUGAGUCACCUGCAGUACCUGAGGCUCCUGUAGUACCUGAGUCAUCUGCAGUACCUGAGGCUCCUGCAGUACCUGAGUCACCUGCAGUACCUGAGGCUCCUGUAGUACCUGAGUCACCUGCAGUACCUGAGGCUCCUGCAGUACCUGAGACACCUUCUGUACCUGAGUUAGCAACAGUACCUGAGUCUCCAGCAAUACCUGAGGCUUCUGUGGUACCUGAGGCUCCUGCAGUACCUGAGACACCUUCUGUACCUGAGUUAGCAACAGUACCUGAGUCUCCAGCAAUACCUGAGGCUUCUGUGGUACCUGAGACUCCUGCAGUACCUGAGUCACCUGCAGUACCUGAAGCUCCUGCAGCACCUGAGACACCUGCAGUACCUGAGUCUCCUAUAGUACCUGAGUCACGUGCAGUUCUUGAGGCUCCUGCAGUACCUGAGUCACCUGCAGUACCUGAGGCUCCUGCAGUACCUGAGUUACCAACAGUACCUGAGUCACCUGCAGUACCUGAGUUACCAACAGUACCUGAGUCACCUGCAGUACCUGAGUCACCUGCAGUACCUGAGUCACCUGCUGUACCUGAGGCUCCUGCAGUACCUGAGUCACCUGCAGUACCUGAGGCUCCUGCAGUACCUGAGUUACCAACAGUACCUGAGUCACCUGCAGUACCUGAGGCUCCUGUAGUACCUGAGUCACCUGCAGUACCUGAGGCUCCUGCAGUACCUGAGACACCUUCUGUGCCUGAGUUAGCAACAGUACCUGAGUCUCCAGCAGUACCUGAGGCUUCUGUGGUACCUGAGGCUCCUGCAGUACCUGAAGCUCCUGCAGCACCUGAGACACCUGAAGUACCUGAGUCUUCUAUAGUACCUGAGUCACCUGCAGUUCCUGAGGCUCCUGCAGUACCUGAGUCACCUGCAGUACCUGAGGCUCCUGCAGUACCUGAGUUACCAACAAUACCUGAGGCUCCUGUAGUACCUGAGUCACCUGCAGUACCUGAGGCUCCUGCAGUACCUGAGACACCUUCUGUACCUGAGUCACCUGCUGUACCUGAGGCUCCUGCAGUACCUGAGUCACCUGCAGUACCUGAGGCUCCUGCAGAACCUGAGUUACCAACAGUACCUGAGUCUCCAGCAGUACCUGAGGCUUCUGUGGUACCUGAGGCUCCUGCAGUACCUGAGUCACCUGCAGUACCUGAAGCUCCUGCAGCACCUGAGACACCUGCAGUACCUGAGUCUCCUGCAGUACCUGAGUCACCUGCAGUACUUGAGGCUCCAGCAGUACCUGAGGCUCCUGUAGUACCUGAGUCACCUGCAGUACCUGAGACUCCUGCAGUACCUGACUCACCUGCGGUAUCUGAGUCACCUGGAGUACCUGAGACAUCCACAGUGCCUGAGAGAGCCACAGUAGCUGAUACACUUGAGAUACCUGCUCUACCUGUGACACAACCCCUGGAGCAGCUGCAUCACCAGAGACGCCGGCGGAGACGGAGACUGUGCCGGCGCCUGAUAGGCUGGCUGACCCGGAAAUGCCAGAGAUGCCUGUGGUGUGGAAGCAGGAGCGCAAGGAGUCAGGGAAGGUGAAGCGCUCCUGGACUCCAUGAUGGCUCCAGCUCAGGGAAGAUGAGCCGCUCCUGGACUCCAUGAUGGCUCCAGCUCAGGGAAGAUGAGCCGCUCCUGGACUUCAUGAUGGCUCCAGCUCAGGGAAGGUGAGCCGCUCCUGGACUCCAUGAUGGCUCCAGCUCAGGGAAGGUGAGCCGCUCCUGGACUCAAUGAUGGCUCCAGCUCAGGGAAGGUGAGCCGCUCCUGGACUCAAUGAUGGCUCCAGCUCAGGGAAGGUGAGCCGCUCCUGGACUCCAUGAUGGCUCCAGCUCAGGGAAGAUGAGCCGCUCCUGGACUCCAUGAUGGCUCCAGCUCCAGCUGCCACUGCUGAGGAGGCAGAAAUGGCUCCAGCUCCUGGCGGCUGCCCCACUCUACUUCUGCUCAAACCUGCAGCACUGGCUCGGGGAUGAGCACUGCAACAGUCUCCUGAUCAGAAGGAAGAUGUGGCAAUGAAUCCAGCCCUGAAAUAAGACUUAAAAAUUUAAAUCUUGAUUUAAAAAAACAAGAGAUUGUGUUGUUUAUUUCUAUGUGAAUUUAGUUUAAAAUAAUGUUUUGAAUAAAUUGUAUAAAUAAGGAUUCAUGUCAACCGUUUCAUUUAAUAUAAUAAAACACCAGUAGGUGCAUUCAGAAUGUAUUACCAAGAAUUGGGGUAUUGAACUGUCCCUUUCAUCACUUUAUCAAACCCGGAGGAUCACAGAAUAGGCAUCAGCUCUUCUAGGGAAUACAGGAUUGACUGUUGUGAUAUUCUUGGCUGUGAAUUAAUGAACUGCGGAGUGAAAUGGUGGAUUCAUUUGCAUUAAAACUGAACAAAGCCGGUUCAUAUUGAAAAGACAGCUCUUAAAAUGUUAAAGUUGGGAGCUGUAGUAUUAAAUAAUAAUGAUGUGUUUUAA